AUGGCUGACUCUCGCGUGGUCAAUGAUGGCUCCCAGCCAACGACCAAGGACCAGCUCGACGCCCCAACAGCUGCGGAUGCCGCACUGCCCGGCGACAAGAAACGAGAACUCGACUCGAGCAGCCAGGAAUCCUUCCCAGAAAUCAACGAAAAGGCUCUGGUCAGAAAGCUGGACUACAAGCUCCUCCCAGCACUGACGCUGCUGUACCUCUUGAGCUUUCUCGAUCGGUCCAAUGUCGGGAACGCGAGGAUCGAGGGCUUGACCACUGACCUGGGAAUGACUGGGAAUGAGUAUCUGACAAGCUUAACGCUCUUCUUUGUGGGCUAUGUCAUCUUCGAAGUCCCAUGCAACAUUGUGCUGAAGCUCUGGACUCCACGCGCGUGGUUGCCGACGAUUACUUUGGCUUGGGGCGUGGUCAGUACGUUGAUGGGUGUCACGCAGAGCAAGGAUGGAUUUUUUGUGGUUCGAUUCUUUCUUGGGGUCAGCGAGAGCGGCUUAUUUCCCGGCAUCGUGUACUACUUGUCUCUGUGGUAUAAGAGAGAAGAGCGUCACUAUCGUGUCUCUCUGUUUUUCAGCGCAGCGGCCGUAGCUGGAGCAUUCGGUGGCAUCCUAGCUUGGGGUAUUGCCCACAUGCGCGGUACAGCUGGCUACAAUGGAUGGAGGUGGAUCUUUAUCCUGGAGGGAUUGCUUACCGUUGUUGUGGCAUUCUCGGCGUACUUCUUUGUCCACAACUACCCGGCUACGGCUCGAUUCUUGAAGGACGACGAGCGAAAGUUUGUUCUUAACAGGCUCAAGGAUGACAGUGAUGCCACAGAAGAUGAGUCAUUCUCGUGGCAUAACGUCAAACAGGCGCUCAGCGAUCCAAAGGUGUAUCUGUACUGUUUCGGCUUCCACACCAUGUCGCUUCCGCUCUACACGCUCUCGCUCUUCCUGCCUUCGAUCAUUAAGAGUCUUGGGUACACCUCUGCCCAAGCGCAGCUCUUAUCGACACCUCCGUACGUGGUGGCAUUCAUCACCACGAUGAGCAUAGCGAUUCUGUCAGAACGGUACAAGCGACGUGCACCAUUCAUCAUUGGAUCGAGCUCAUUCGCCAUCAUCGGAUAUAUUCUGCUACUCACCGACUACAGACCUGGGCCUUCAUACCUGGGCUGUAUCUUUGCUGCAGCUGGAAUCUACCCAGCUGUGGCAUUGACACUCGCAUGGCCUGCACAGAAUGUCAGUGGACAGACGAAGCGAGCCGUUGCCAAUGGUCUGCAGAUCAGUAUCGGCAAUCUUGGAGCGAUCUUGGGCACCCAGCUAUACAGAACUGAGACAGCGCCGCAUUAUCGACUUGGACAUCUUUUUGCGCUUGGAUACUUGGUUGGUAAUAUUGUGGUUACCUCGACGCAGUGGUACGUGUUGAAGCGGGCGAACGCUGAGAAGGAGCGGAGACAGGCAACUGAGGGGAUCAAGGAUGGACCGUUCAUUGGAGAUGAUGAUAUUAGAUGGCGCUUCACCAAGUAA